AAACGGCUCCCCUCCAGCUGGUCAUAGCUUCUGUGUCCGUCUACAAUGAUGACCACAUCUGUUUUCAACCUUGUCACUUGUAUAUAGUAAUUUGGUCACACAAAGAAGCCGCUCUGACCAUCCUGCUUCUGUGUAACUCAUGUCUUUCGCCCGCACCAGAACAGCCGAGUCGGACUCGGUAGUCAGCUGCAAUGGCGCAAGGACUACAAAAUGGCAUACUCCUCGUUCCGGCAACAGCGUCUUAGAAAUUCAAACAUAUCCUGAUUCUUCUUCCAUCACAAAGUCUCAACGCGAGCAGCUGGUUCCUCCUUAUCAUUGGCACUGGUACCAGGAAGAACAUUUUACCGUGACUCAAGGCACUUUCAUCUUCACCCUCAACGGCAAAGACACCAAGAUUUCUGCGACGGACCCGAACCCGCGCAUGAAUAUCACUCCUGGUGCUCCUCACACCUUCGCUCCGGAUCCGUCACACAAGGGCCCUUGUGUCAUUGAGAUCUCAGCCGAGACUUCUCCUCUAUCAUCAGAAACCACUCACCAAAAGACUACUCCAAGCUUGCCUCAGCUUUUGUUGUUCCUGGACUCGGCCGAAGUGAGCUUGGCUUGGGACAUUGGUCCGACAUGGUUGAUGCAGUAUAUGACGUAUGGUUUGGGAGUCGUAGUUGGUCGAUGGAUUGGUGGAGGCUUGUUAGGAUACAAGGGAUCAUACCCCGAGUACUAUAAUCCAGAUCUCAAUGAGACCAGAAAGGAUAAAUGAUGUAUAGAUGCGUGCUUCUGUAGGAGGUCCUCACAGACAACUUUCAACUGAUGGCGUGGGUGCCUUUCGACCGACC